GGCGGGCGGCCGGCCGCAGCUGAUGAAUAGUGGGUCUGUUCCAGCAGCUGAGCGGCCUGGUCCAGCAAGGAGAGAGUCUCCGGGAACGCAGAGUGCACCGCUCCUCGUGCCGUCUGCAGGGAAGGGAGCCGGGGGCAGCGGGAUGGCCUCAGAAGGGGAGAGCAUCAACCUGCAAUUUCUCUUGUCUCCCCAGGGCAUGAAUCCUCAUCUGCGGACUAAUGGGCCAAUGAACAUCAACCAUUAUGCAACGAAGAAGAGCGUGGCAGAGAGUAUGCUGGAUGUGGCACUGUUCAUGGCAAAUGUCACACAGCUCAAAGCCGUGCUGGAGCAGGGGACUUCUUUCCAGUACUACACCACCCUCAUCGUGCUCAUCAGCAUCUCCCUCUUCUUCCAGGUGGUGAUUGGGAUCCUUCUCAUCAUCACUGCUCGUUUGAACCUGAAUGAUGUGGCAAAACAACCCCGCCUAAAUAUACUCAACAAUGCUGCAACAGCUCUCAUCUUCAUCACAGUCAUCAUCAAUAUCUUCAUCACGGCCUUUGGGGUGCAGAAGACUGGCCUCUACCCUACCAGGAAUUUUCGACCUUAUUAAGUCAAGGGGAAGUGGAGUCAGGAUCUGAACAGCACAACCAGUGGGGAAAGCUCUCCUUGAUGUUUUGAAUGAUCUCAGCAGGAUCCCAGCAAAGAAUCCAGAGAACAGAGCUAAACUUUCAAAAUUGUACUUGUUUUGUGGCAUACCUGCCCCUUAACUAUAAGGCUUAUGCAGUUCUGCAGGGGUGAAGAUUUCCAUUGCUUUUCAAAGCUAGAGCAAAUUUUGCAGCAAUCUCUAGAGAAAGCUGCAGAAACAGCAGCAGGUACAUAAUUUCAAAGCACAGUUCUCUAAACCUCUUACUGCAGCUGCCUGCCUCACAUAGUGAAUAUUGGCUCAUUUUGUAGAGAAGAGCGAACAGUGUACUUGGUAGGACAAACAAAUAUAAGGUAUUCAGCUUCUUAAACAUGAUUUGCUAUAUCUAUAUAUAGAUAGCAAUGCUGAUUAGUAGUUUACCUUCCAAAUGGAGGAAUGGCUCUCUCAAACUGAAGGAAAUUAUAAUGAGACAAUAGGAAAGUAUGCAUGUCAACAUAGCUAAAGAGAGAUCAAAUAUUUUCCUAAUUGUUUAAAAAUAAAAUGAAACGAGAAACAGUUAUGAAAACAAUCAGAUAUUUCCAGUAUUAAGAAAUUAACAGUGACAGAAAAUAGGUAUUGUAUUCUGAUGUCAUCAAUAGGGGUGUAUAAGGAGUGCUGACUGAGCAUCCUAACAAAAGGUAGGAGAGAAACAUUACACAUGAGACACUCUGGGCUAAUUGCCAUGAUAACACAUGACAAAUGUGUAGGGUAUUACUUUAUAAGUUACCAUUUUAAUUUAAGGUGUUAUCACUAACAUCAAUGUUGUAAAUAUGUAAUCUCCAUAUUGACAACACUAGGAACUCUUUUUAAAGAAAGAUCUUUCCAGUACAAGUCUUUGAAUUGAAGAUUUUUCAGAUUUUCUUUAAGUAGUAAACACUUUGGAUCCUAGAUUUUUAUAAGUCUGCAGUCACAGUAAUCGAGAUUUUAACAGCCUGGUGUAAGCCUACUUAAGCAAUGAAAUGCUUUUCUGAUUAUUAAAUGUUUGGCUUUUUUUUUUUUUCAUUCUAUAGCACAAUGAGUCUGACUAUUUCAUUUUGCAGAUUCUUACCAAAACUGAGAAAGAAAUGUCAUGAGAAAGUCCACACAUCAGUCUUCAGGAGCAACUCAGAGUGACUGACACUUUGAAAAACAGAUAUAAGUAGGUUUCUUUUACAUUCCAUACCUGUCUUCAAAGAACUAAGUUUGUCUUUAAGAGGUGGUGGCUUUUUCUGGAAAUAGUGCAGAUGACCUUGCUAACAACAGCACAUGGGUGAGACUACAGGCCCACAUCAGGUUGUAUCUGCCAGUCACAGUGGCUCUUUUUGCAGCUGAAAGACAGUUGCAGAGAAAAUAUAGAGUGGAAUGCCAAUUUAAAUUCUAAUGCAAGGUUCAGUAGAGUUUGGAUUUGUUUUGUGUAUCAGGUAAGGCACUCUUCUUCCACUUUGUCGUAGAGAUCAUAGAACCAUAAAGGUUGGAAAAGAGCACUAAGAUCUUCAAGUCCCCAACCACAGACCCACCACCAGGAUGUCCAUUAACCACGUCCUCCAGAGCCACAUCCAAACAUUUCUUAGACAUAUCCAGGGACAGUGACUCCACCACCUCCCUGGGCAGCCUGUUCCACUGCAUCACAACAUCCCUUAAUAACCAGCUCGAAACAAUCUGGGGCAACUUGUGGCCAUUCCCCCUCAUCCUAUCACUGUUACUUGGGGGAGGCAGCUGAAAUCCACCUCACCACAACCUCCUUUAGGGUAGCUGUAGAAUUAUAAGGUCACUCCUGAACCUCCUCUGGAGCCAUCAAUCCCAGUUCCCUCAGUCAGUCACCAUAACACCUCUGCUCCAGACCCCUCACAGCCUCAUUGCCCUUCUGCAAGCACACACCAAGGCAUUAAUGUCCUUCUGGCAGCAAAAUGCCCAGAACUGAACACAAUACUGAAGGUGCAGCCUCACCAGUGCCAAACAUGCAAUGAUGACAGAUAUAGAGUGAUAGCGAGCUUGUUGCCUGUCUCAGUCCUCAGUCUCUGUUGACAGCAACAGCAAAUGGAGGUGAACGUACUUGAGGAGAAACCUCUGUUACCCUGCUCUCCUUCAGGAAGAGGCAGCAAAACUGGUUUCAGCUACUAGAAAACUAUCUAAGGGCCAAGGGCUUGUGGCCACUACUGGCCAGCUGGGUUUACACAAAGGUAAAAAAAUUAUACAACCUCAAAUCCUGCGACUCAUUGCUUCAUGGAGGCAAAGCAAGGAGUAUUGAUGAGUGAAUGUAACAAAAAUAAAGGUUUGGCUGGGAAAGAAGCUACAAGAGGAAAUUCAUUACCAGACCUUAAUUACAAUGUCAUUGAGGAAAAGAGGGGCUAAGUCCUAACAGAGGUAAGCAGUUGCCAUGAAAGAAUUUCCAGUGUUAAAGAACCAACUCAGGUCUAAGCCCUCAGCUACAGCCUUCUGCAAGAAUUGCCCCUUUGCAAGACAGACAGCUCUCUGCAUUACUGCUUUGCAGUAUUCCAGUAUAGAGAAAGGCAGUAGUAAAUAUAGCUGCUUUAAUCCUGUUUAGCAUCACCCACAAAAGAUGGAGGUCACAAUCUAGUAAUAAAGAAGGAAUUUCCCCUUUCCAAUAAAGAGGGCUCACCCAAAGACUCCAGAAAAGCAAUCACCAAGGAGAUACCCUUCUCUUGUGCCAGCUGCCCUUAAAUGAAGUUAGGGGGGAUGGCGAUUGGUUCCACUCCUUCUGGUCACACGGGUGAAUUGUUUCCACCUGUGCUCCCAGGGCUGGCUAUGCCCCUUCACCAUGUGCUCAGUCACUGGUACAUGCCAUGACCUAAUGGUUCUCAUACAUUUUGCUUUUCUGGAACAUGUAUUUAUCCAGCAUUUCUGCUCUGUUCCACAAGAUAAGUCUUGGUAAAAUGGAUGAAAGUCUGUUUCGUUGCCAGCCCUUGCCCCUGGCAAGUCUCCUGCCUGCUUGUUGGGCAGAGGGACCUGGCUUUGCAGUACUGCCUACAUGCUCAGCUACAUGAGAGCAGGGAGCAACAUUGGGUAUCUAAUCCCUGCUGUGUGGUGAUGCAAGUAACACGGAGACAUAGUGAAGCACUUGUAGGAAGACCAUAUAUUUAUAAAAUGUGUGGGAGAACCAGUAUAUCCCCCAGAUCGUACAGAGAGGUGGCCGAGAGGUUGUCUAGAAGGCACAGACCCACUUUAAGGCAGAUAAGUCAAAGGUACAAUCCAGAUUUAUAACACAAAGCAUUGGUACAUAAAAAAAUGAAACAACUUCAGACAGUCAUAGGCAGUGAGAAGUUCAUACCAGGCAAAUAUUAAAAAUGAUGACAAAACAAGUCAUGUUAUUGUUUUCACACAAGGCAUUUCUCAGAAUAAAAGCUGGCCACUCACUGUUCACUUUGCUGAGCUAUAAAACAACCCCCCAGGCCCACAGAUCACUGGCAAUGAACAAGUCCUGCUGAUGGAGCCAGCACCAUGCAGUGCAGCCUGCACAUGGGGGAUCAGGGCCCCCAGCCUGGCCGCAUCCUGCUGCAGGGAAGCUCUGUUCUGCACAGUGGCCCAUGGUUUUCCUUCCACCCCCAACCAAGGACCCACCAGAGCCCAUGUGGUUGAUACACAGGAAAUGACAAGCAACUCAUUCCCUUCUGCCUCAGGGAUAGGACAUGGCCAGGAUGUACAUGAAAGCCGGGAAUGUGAGGCAAAACCCACCACAUACUCAGGCAAAACUUCUUAAAACUCCUCUGUGACAGAAAUGAGAAUCAGGAGUCAGCUUCCCUGCCCUGGUGACACCAGGUUCCCUGGUCUUGUGCUUUGGGAUAUACUGAUGGUCGGGACGAGCCCUCUGUGCUGCGGUAUGUGACGCUGGUGGGCUACCUGGGGAUAGUUAGCUGGGCAUCGUGGUGGCCUGGCCACUGCCCUGGAUGGCCAUGUCCUCUCACAGUAUGGCUGUGGGACCACCUACUCCUGUUGCUUGUCAUACCUCCAUUUGAGGGGGAAGAGCUCUGGGGUGUUUCAGAAGAGAGGCAACAGCCUAAGGGUGAAACCUGGCUCUGCUCCCACAAGAUUUCUUGCUAGCUAUCAAGCCAGCAAGCACACAGCCCAUCUUCUUCAGACAACCAACAGCAGUCGCUGAGCUUGUGGACUACACAAUAGCCUCUGUCCCCAUGAGCUCUCUCCAAGCUCCUCCACAAAGGCUGCCAACUAGUGCCAAUUAGUGUUAAUCAUGUUUACCACCACAAUGCUUAAACACCAGCUCAGAGUCCUCAUUGUGCUAAGAACAGAAGAACAGUUGUGAUGGCAACUUUUACAGUGGGGACACUGGCCUUUAGGAAAUUGGAUUGAGCAACAGUAGUUCCUUACAUGCACACUAAGGAGUUCCCAUGAGGUAGGCAGCUCUGGGCUAAAGGUGUGACAGAAGGAGCAGUCACCCAGCCAGCUAAAGCACGGGUACAAAAUCCUCAAAACCUGCCAGCAGUGCUGGAGCCAGGAUUGUACCCUACUUUCUACUCCAGUCUUUGAUGGUUAUUGUCUCUGGUGAAGAAGAGGAGUUACUCCUAUCACAGAAGCCAAGGACAGUGGAUUACAUCCUGGAUGCACAUCAUUCUCACCACUGUCUACAGAAGAACACAAGCUGUUGCCUUUAGGUACUACAGAUUACACCUAAGCCAGAUGUGAAAGCACAGAGGAGAAAUCACCCAUCUUCCCUCUGUCUGAUAUUAGGAUCACCAAAAGAUUGCCAGUUCUCCCUCAGCAAAGUGGCCAUAAUGCCAUUCUCUGCUUUUUAUUCUUAUUGUCUACAUGGGAAAAGUACUUUCCCUCAUUAAAAAGACUGCUCUAGCUUGGGCAGAAGGCUGAAAGCUGUCUCUUCUUAGCUAUUCAGUAACUGCAUUCAAGCAAAGGC